AGCACGAGGUCCGAAGCGCACACUUUUUGUGCUUGAGUUGAGAUAAGCUCUACCAAUUUCACGCCUUCAGCGUAUUGUCAAUCGCGAAAGAACACCUAUUUACUUAUCGUAUUCAUCAUGCCUGGACGUCCACUGUGGCAGGUUGCUGGCAAAAGGGAACCAAGUCAAGAAGCUGAAGCUCAGCAAUGGAUUGAAACAGUAGUUGGAGAAAGGUUUCCACCCGGCGUGAGUUACGAAGAUGCUUUAAGGGAUGGUGUACUACUUUGUAAACUAAUGAACAAACUACAGCCAGGUCUUGUUACAAAAAUCAAUACUUCUGGUGGUGAUUAUAAGAUGAUGGACAAUCUCAAUCAGUUCCAGAAGGCUUGUGUGAAAUAUGGAGUUCCUGACGUAGACCUGUUCCAAGCAGUUGAUCUUAUAGAAAGGAAAAAUAUUGCGCAAGUGACCAACACCAUCUUCGCUAUCGGUCGCACUACAUACAGACACCCAGAAUGGCGUGGCCCUUGGUUAGGACCAAAACCAGCAGAAGAGAACAAACGACACUUUACGGAGGAGCAAUUAAGAGCUGGUGAAGGUCUUAUUGGUCUUCAAGCUGGUACGAAUAAAGGUGCUACUCAAGCUGGUCAGAAUUUCGGUGCCACCAGAAAAAUUCUUCUUGGAAAAUAAUGUUUAUGAAACGGUCUAUGAAUCCGCAUUCGUGUCAUACAGCAGAUGUCGAUGAAAAUAUAAUUAACCUUAUUAAUAGUUAUGAUUUAGUUGUAAUUAAUAGACUGUAGCAUAAAUCCAUAUAAAAAUUAUCAGAUUUCAUCAAUCAGAUUUAAAUCUGCAAUGCCAUAAUCUCUACUGUAUUAUUGCUACAGUUUACUAAAAGAAAAUAUUGGAAUAAAUUGCCCCAAUAAAUACACAGCUAUCAAGAUUAA